UGCUGAAGAGACUAGAAGGGAACCCAUUCUCUGUGCUGCACUGGUUCCCGCUUAAUAAGCUGAGCUUGGAGCCUCUGCCUCAGGAGUUAUUUUUCAAGUUGCAGGACAAGUUGCUCCUCCUGAGAAGUAACCUCCCUCGCUGAUCAGGAGUGGCCUAUGUGUGGAGCUCAGACACAGUGGGCAAAACUGUGGUCGUGAUCCUAGCCACACCCCUGGGGGAAUUGCUGCUGUGCAGAGAGGCAUGGAUGGGAGUUUGGUGUCUGUUGAGGGGGGUCACCCCCCACAAAGGAAUGUUAAUGGUGUAGGACCCAAGGGCUCUACCAAGACUACUAAGAAAUCUAAAAAAGCUGUUCUUUUCUUUGAGGUGGAGAUCCUUGAUGCCAAGACCCGGGAAAAGCUGUGCUUCCUGGACAAGGUGGAACCCAAUGCCACCAUAGCAGAGAUUAAAAGCCUCUUUACUAAAUCACAUCCUCAGUGGUAUCCGGCUCGGCAGUCUCUACGACUGGAUCCUAAGGGGAGAUCCCUAAAAGAUGAAGAUAUCCUUCAGAACUUGCCAGUGGGCACGACAGCAACACUGUAUUUCCGGGACCUGGGAGCUCAAAUCAGCUGGGUGACUGUCUUUCUCACGGAAUACGCUGGGCCCCUGUCAAUCUACUUGCUCUUUUACUUCCGGGUUCCUUUCAUCUAUGGCCCCAAGUAUGACUUCACCUCCAGCAAAUACUCUGUUGUACACCUAGCCUGUAUCUGCCAUUCUUUCCAUUAUAUCAAGCGCCUCUUGGAGACCCUCUUUGUCCAUAGGUUCUCCCAUGGGACAAUGCCUUUGCGUAACAUCUUCAAGAACUGCACUUACUACUGGGGCUUUGCUGCCUGGAUGGCAUACUACAUCAAUCAUCCUUUGUAUACUCCACCUGCAUAUGGACAUGAGCAAGUGAAACUGGCACUCAUCAUAUUCCUGUUCUGUCAGCUUGGAAAUUUCUCAAUUCACAUUGCUCUGCGGAACCUGCGCCCUGCUGGUUCCAAGACGAGGAAGAUCCCAUAUCCUACCAAGAACCCAUUCACAUGGCUUUUCUUGCUGGUUUCCUGUCCUAACUACACCUACGAGGUGGGAUCCUGGAUUGGAUUUGCCAUUAUGACUCAGUGCCUUCCAGUGGCUCUGUUUUCCCUAGUCGGCUUUAUUCAGAUGACCAUCUGGGCAAAGGGGAAGCACCGAAGCUACCUGAAGGAGUUCCGGGAUUACCCACCGCUGCGCUCACCUAUUAUCCCCUUCCUGCUUUAAGAUGGGGGCAGUUGCUUCUAGAUCUGGGCUGGUGCCGUUUUUUAAAAAACUUUGUGAGCAGCUGUUGGGGUCUAAAGUGGGAUUUUCUCUGGCUGUCUGCUCUAUGAUCUAAGAAUGAAGCUGUACGGAUUCUUUGCUUGCGUAAACUUACUGGGUCCCCCACGGCAUAUCUGUGUUCUUAUCCCCAUUUUAAAGCUUUCCUGAGCUUGGGAUCUACCUUCCAUGCACAGCACUGUAAAGCCAAACGCUGCAGCAGAGACCAAAGGCCCUGAGAGAGCAGUCUAAAUUUGCAGCAAACCAACACCAAAACAGCUGCUGUGGAUCUAAUUCUGCAUACAUAGGUGCCGAAGGCUGAAUCUAGGUAGCUGGAGCUUGACUCAAGGAGAUGACUUCUGCCAGUGCAGCCUCUGGGCACCAGACCUUUGCUGUACUUCUCCUCAUGCUAACAGGGGUAGCCUGCCUCUUAGCUCAGCUUUGUGCAUCUCCCCAGCUAAACGCGCCCUCUUGUGGUAAUUAUUGGUAUAGCGCAUACCCAACACAGCCUGUCUCUAUCUCAAAAGCGUCUGUAAGAUUUUUGAGAGACCCACUAUGAGGCUCUGUCUUCCUGUUUUACGCAGCAUGGUCCUGUGAAUCCUAUGGGCCUGGCUCCCGGAACAGCAGUGGUACUUGCAGCCCAAAUCUUAAAGCAGCUCCACUGAGAUGGUAGGAGCAACUUCAGUGUAGUCCGGAUUGCACAUGGGAGGCAUUAAGCUGCAAACCUGGGGCAAGGGAGAUGGCAAGAGACUCCUGUGCUAGGAUUAUGUUCUGGGAGCAGCUGGGGCUGUCCUUCCACUCAGCAUGCAAGCUGGCAGUAUUAGUUUUAAGUGGAAAUGCCUCCCUUUGAACUCCACUCAGCACUGAGA